UUGUAGACUUUAAACAUUACUCGUAAAUAUUUAAAAUUCAAUUUAUAAAAAUGAUUAUAUUUUCUGCUGUAAUUAUAUUUUCGACACUUAACAUAGGGGAACCGCUUCUUUGUUUAAAUUGCACAUUUGAUCCUGAGCUUCCCAAUAAAGGUUGUGGUGGAAACGACAUUACUGAUGGCCACUACAUUAUAGACUGCAUUCCUCCUUUCAAUAGUUGUUAUGCCGCUGUUCACACGCUAAUGCGAAUACCAGAUGAUGAUGUAAAUGUUGUGGCUGUUGCUUAUCUCAAGUAUGAGAGAGGGUGUCGGAUUGGGAAGAAAAGUGGAUGCGAGAAAAAUGAAACCACUCGGACAUCAUAUUGCGUCGAAAGCUGUGAUAUAGAUAUUUGCAAUGAUCCUCAUUCUCUGCCUAUGGGAUACAGUUAUACAACCCCUGUCAACCAACUCAAAGAGACGACGACACCUAGCGGCGCUCAUACGCUAAAAUUUUACUCGUUUAAUUUUGUUAUAAUUUCAUUAUUUUUGAGUCAACAUUUCUUAAAUUGUAAUAUUUAAUCAAAUGCAACAAAAAGGAUUGUUUAAAUAUAUAUUCACAAAAGUCAAAUGACUAAUAUGACAUCUAAAAUCAGCGACUCUUUGUUCGAACCAUGACAGACUUUCAACUCUCAGCUAAUUAACGGAUUUGUCUCACAAGCAGAGCCGGAUCAUGCCAGAGGCCUUGGGCACUUACUAUUUUAACAUCCUAUGUAUAAAAAUAGGUCGCUUCGGAAGUACGUGUAUGUGUAUCAAUAUGGAGGUAACUAAUUUUGUUCGCCUAAUUUACAUUGUGUUGUGUAAAGGGACUGAUUACUAUGGGCAGG